CAGUUCUCUAGACAACCAGCAGAGGGCGACAGGGUACAUUCAUUUCUCUACCCUGUGGAGGUUGUUUGGGUUUCUGUGCCGGGGUUGAGAGCAGGAAUUUAACUCUGUGCUAUGAUUUUAGUUGGAUAAUCAUCGCUGCAUUCCUCUUUCAGAGAGCUUUUAUUUUAGGGACUGUCAAAACAUUGGCACCUCUCAGCUGCUGGUCUCUCAACUCACAGCCUCACGGAGGAAAUUAAAGCCCGUAAUGUUCAACCCACACAUCCAUCAGCAACAACAACAGCAGCAGCAGCAGCAAUUUCACCAGCACCUGCGGCAGCUGCAACAACUUUUCCAGCAGCAGCCUCCGCCUCCUCCUCCGCCGCAGCCGCCUCCGGGGCAUCAUGUCGCCCAUCACCACCACCAGACACCGCGAGCCAUUCCUGUUCCUCCCCAGACGGCCCCUCCUCCCAGGAUGGUCAACCUGUGCCAGGCAACUCAGACUACCAUCAUCGCUCCCAAUCCUAUGCUGCAGGGGGCCCUGCUGAUGCAGCAGAUGCAGGGUAACAUGCGGAACUUUGGGAUGGGUGGACAGCAGUUCCGUCAGUUCUUCACAGCUUCAACAAGGUCGUCUCUGCUCGGACCAGUUCCCAUGGGCGUGGCCAUCAAGUCCCCCAUCAUGGGUUUCCCAGCUGCUCGACCUUUCCACCCGCAUACUCGCUUCUACAAUAACACCACCACAGUCUCUUCUUGUGCUUCCUCCUCCUCCCUAUCCUCCAUCACUACCACAGAAGCUGCAGCUCGCCAGCCAGACAGGAAGAGGGACAGCGAGCAGAUGGCAUCAGGGAGCACAGACGGCCAACCAGCAGCUAGCAGUACCAAUGACAAGAUAGAAGCAGAUGGUGCCGUGGGAGGAGUGGAUGGACCCACACAGCCCUCUGACGACCAACUUGACGAACCCGUUCUUAAGAAGCAGAGGACAGAGUUGUCAGAGGAGCUCAAAGAACAGUGUGUUGUUGAGAGUGUCACCAUGGCAGAUACAGAUGGUGAGGUUCUUUCUUCAGAGUGUGACAGCCAGCCUGAAGACUCCAUUAUUCUGGAGGAAGGAGGCUCCACAGGGGCAUCGGACGCUGUUGAGGGUUCAGAGGAGGGCAGAGCUGCUGAUGCACGCAGCCGUUUGUCGGCCCCGUCCCCAUCUGGCAGACUGAGUGAAGAUGACCAGCAGGUUAAUUUACCCCUUGAGGAGAUGUCACAGGACAAAGAUGCCCCUUUGGCUUCACUAGACAACCAAGAGGAAGGAGAGGAAGGUGUAGCAGAGGGUGCCAACAAGUUCUACUGCUACCUCUGCAGCAUUACCUGCCACAACCAGCAUAACUUCAGGAGUCAUAUGAAUAGCGUUUCCCACCAGCAGAGGAUGAUGGAGAUCCAACACAUGAGCAAUGCAUGUCUCGUCACCCUGCUGCCACGAGUUCAGGAGUCUCUGCAGGGAGCAAACAAAGAUGGAGAAAAGAAAGAAGACUUGAAGCAUUGGUGUGCCACCUGUCACACCCACUUCACCAGCAGCAUCAUGGACCACCGUCACACAGAGGAGCACAAACUUGCCAGUAGAACAGCCAUCUCCUCCUGCACAGUCUGCAAGAAACACUUCAGAACCUCCCAGAUUUUUGUGGAGCACUUACAGUCCCUGGAGCACAGGCAGGCGUUGGAGAAGCUCCAUGAAAAAGAGGGCUAUGAGGCCUUGGGAAAGCUGACUGCCAUGGACGCUGAUGGCUUUUCUUUGGAAGAAGUGGAGGACAGUGAAGUGGAGGAGGGAGAGGGAAGACAGAGGAGUGAAGGUGACCUAGCUUGCUCUGAGAACCAGGAUGGCUGGUCCUCUGUUAAAGAAGUGACUCUAAAGGACAUGGCCAGCGAUGAGCAGUAUGAUCCCGACACAGUCUACGGGUCCAGUUUUUUUGUUCCAGUAGCAGGUUUCAUCUGCAGACUGUGCAGCAAGUUUUACCACUUUGAAUCAUCUGCCCUACACACACACUGCAAAUCACUGAAGCACUUUGAGAAGCUCAAGAGGCACAGAGAGUUGCUGAGUCAAAAGGAUGAAACUGUUGCAUCUUCCAGAGAAUCUCUCCAUGCUGCAGGCAGCUUCCGGCCUGUAACAGAAACCACCACAGACUGUUCAGAUGAAAAUCCCCACUCUGAUGACAUUGGUUUAGUGACUAACAUAAACUCCGUGCAGCCUAUCAUCACGCUCACCCAGCUGAGUGUGCAGACAGAAAACCAGCAACAGGAGGAACAAGCAGAACCUGACCCAACCUCACAGAACUUAACUACCACCUCAGCAACCAACACUGGCAGUACAGACCAAGACCUCAUCAACAAGGAGGAGGAGAUCACAUCCCAGGACUUGAUAGUUCAGGAGAGCCCUGCUGAGCUGCCUGCUGGCAGCAGAGAGGGGCCAGACUCAGAACCAGCAGCUGCUGAGGGUGUUAAUGAGGAGGAGGUGGAGAAGGAAGCUCCUGCUGUCCCAGGGAAAAAGAGUGACACAGGGAAGGCAAAAACCGCACCCAAACGCAGAUCAGCGAGGGCCACAAACAAACGCUGAAUCUGAGGUGACCUGUGGAAAGAGGGGAAACCUGAAGACAAGAUGUGUCACUAUGUGAAGAGGCGCUUUCAUGAAAGUGAGACCAAGAAGCCCUGCUGGUCUCCAUGUUGGAAGAUUGAAUGAUGGGAAAUCGUGGUGAAACAUGACUGCUUAUGUGACUUGUUCUCCCAGGGUGGGAAAUUAACGGCUAUUGAAUACAGGCUGAAUAAGUAAUGGAUGUCCAAGUAUCAUCAUGUAGGUUGACCCGCAGCUUCAGCAGUUGAUUAAAACAAUCAAAAUUACUGCAACACAAAUAAACUCCCAUCAGCUUUUUAGCAGUUCUUAGCAUGCAAACAUGCUAAAAUAAGAUGGGGAAACAGGUAAACAGACUACUGCUGUGGUCAAGUACAACCCCAUAGAGCCUCUAGCAUUUCUGUAGGCUCAUGUCUAUACUAAAUGCAAAAACAGUAUACUACGUCAAAUACAAAUUGUACACAAGUAAAAUGGAAAUGGAACAAAUUGAUUUAAAUUCAUAGAAUAUAAAUGUAAAUUUAAUAUAUACAAUAUUUGAAAGUGUAGUAAGACAUGAAUUAACAAUACACAGGAGAAAAGAGAAAUAUUGAGGGUUUUUUGACAAUUGAAAGUCAGAUUUUUAAAAUGAAUCAGUGAAACAAAUGAAUUGUAGAUUUUCCAUCCACUGAUUCUAUGAAGAUGGCUCAACAAGUUUAUUUCCCACCCCGCUGCUUGAAAGGAUCUGGAAGUUGAUGAGGGGUGAUUGUCGGCUUUUGCUAAUUCUCUAGCUAGCUGUGAUGAAUGAUUGUUAACACGUAGCACACGCUUUUAGCGACCUGAAAUGUAGAAUGUAACCAAAAUAAGUGUUUGAGCAGGUGACAAGUUUUGUUUAAAGAAGUGUUAAAAUGGUACUUUGGCCUGAGUGUUGAGAAAUGCUGAAUCUUGAAAACUGAUCAUCAUGGCUUUGUUCAGGGCUUUUUUUUCUUUCUUUUUUACAUUUUGGGUUUGGUUGAUGUUAUGAAAAAGUUGCCAGUUCCUGUGGCCUUCUCACUGAAACAUGUUCUGUUUUUAUAUGUGAGUUUUUUAAAAAAAUCCCUGCACAAUCUAGUAAUGAAAUAGUUUAGUAGUGUCUAAAAACCCUUUUUCAUCAGCACACAGUCUUAUGGAAAAAGAAACCUCUGUGUUUUUAGAUGUUAGAGAAGCUCUAAAGUUAAAAUCUACAGCAGCCAACAUUGUCACUAGAAACAAAGAUGUUUCUACUGAAAACCAGAAAUUCAAUUCAUAUUGUGAGCUGUCCCUGACUCCCCUAAGACUCAUAUUCACAAAAACCUGCACUAUGUCUGCAUUUUGCUUAUUUAUUGAAAGCUUGUCAGUCAUGGCGGGUAAAUGCUGCCCACAAAUCAAGACUUUUAGCUCUGAUCUGAAGAGAAAACCCGUAUGAAGUGUCCGUAGGUAUUUCAUGUAGCAAAUUAUCCUUGCAAAAGCUCUUGAUUUUGAGCAGAUUAGAUGUUUGGUUUCAGCAUUUCAGUCACAAGGCAGGUUCAUCGUGACUAAUGUGGUGCUGUGGAAACAUUUCAUCCUCCGUGUUAGAGAAGGAUAUUUUAAACCACAAAAAACUGACAUGUAGCAACUCUUGUAGUCACUCGCUGUGGUGACUGUCACGUGAUGAGUUAUCGCAUUAAGUUCUGUCUGAAGGAAAAAGACAUGAUCAAAACUGCUUUUUCGAUCUGAAACAGAAGUAAAAAAGGACAUGUAGAAUAUAAUUUCAAACAAAGCUGUAGGUUUCUUAUUGUAUUUUUAUUCAGCUACUGACAAAUUGAGAUGAACAACCAGGUGAUGUUUUCUAACUGCUGGAAGUUUAAUGUAUUUUUGGAUGUUUGUUUCCUGUUUCGGGGUCAUUUUAAUUUAUAUUAAAACGUUUGAUGAUUCCCA